UCGGUGAUGAAGACGUAUAAAUGGGUUUAUCUACCCGUGACUUAUAGUUUUGUGUUCAUACUGGGACUUACUCUAAAUGGGUCGCUUCUCUGGCUGGUGUUCAGUCGUACGCGCAGCUGGAGCUGUUCGGUGGUCUACAUGGCCAACCUGGCCGUGGCGGACCUGCUCUACGUGCUGGCAUUGCCUUUGCUCAUUAUCAGUUAUGCCAUGGAAGAUUUCUGGCCGUUUGGGGACAUCAUUUGCAAGACUGUACGGUUCUUCUUCUACACAAAUCUUCAUUGUGGAAUGAUGUUUCUGAUGUGCAUCAGUAUUCAUCGCUUGUUGGGCGUAUGCUAUCCAAUUAAGGCCAUGCGCUAUCGCACCAAGAGGCUCGCUGUCCUGGCUUCAAGUAUGAUCUGGAUAUUGGUGACCGCAGAAGUUUUGCCUACCCUAGUUUUCGCCCACACCGGCUUCAUCAACAAUACGACGGUCUGUUUCGACAUGACCAGUCCAGGAAAAUUCAAACAGUAUUUCCCCUACGGUCUGUUUUUGACUGUAUUAGGGUUCCUAAUUCCAUUCCUGGUCAUUCUUAUAAGUAACUGUACAAUGGUGAGAGUUUUAUCCAGACAGCACGUCGACGGGAGCCCGAUUGGGACAGCGAUGCGCAGCAAGUCCGUUCGCACCUUGCUCGUGGUGUCUCUACUCUUCAUAGUAUGCUUCGGACCCUAUCAUAUCACGAGGACCCUGUACUUGUUUGUGCGAGUCUACAUGGCCACCAACUGUAAAGUUCUCAACGUGGUUAUGUUCAGCUAUAAGAUAUGGAGGCCCAUUGUAAGUCUACACUGUUGCGUCAACCCCAUGCUGUACUUCAUAGGCUCCGACAAAAAGCGCAAACUUCUGCGGACCCUGUUUUCCCGAAAGCGAGUACAUCCCUCCGUGUGGACGGUUCGAGCACAAUUACAGGCCGAAAAAUCUAGUAACGGAGCAUCUGGUAUUAGGAACAGUGGUAGACAUGGAUGAUUUUACAUGACUACAAGGUUGUAUUUACAGUUGGAAACGUCUCUCAUUAUUAAAUAUUCCUGUAUAGAAAAUAAAUGUGAAGUUAUUUUAUUUGUUCUUGUGUUAACGAUGCAUAACGAUAAGUGUUUAUCAGAAGAAGCUGCAUUUGUUAAAUCUGUGAAUUGAUGAAUAUACACUCCUAUGUGGAGUGGAAUGCAGACUGUAUGGGAAGGAGCUAAAUGGAGUCUAUCCAUCCACUCCAGCA